AUGUCUACUUUUACCGUAUACACUUGUUGUUGGAAGAUAGACGAGAGUCAGACUGACAAAGAGCUGCUUGUAACCUAUUUGUGCAUCAAAACAGAACAAAUCCUUUCUGUGCUGGUAACACUCACGAAAACGGUCAACGUUCCUACAACUCGUUGGACUCCCUGUAAGAAGUGUGGCAAGCACCAACCCCACGAAGUGACACAGUACAACAGGGGCAAGGAUUCUCUGUAUGCCCAGGGAAAGCGGCGUUAUGACAGGAAGCAGAGUGGCUAUGGUGGGCAGACUAAGCUGAUUUUCCGGAAAAAGGCUGAAACCACAAAGACUGUGCUAAGGCUUGAGUGCGUUGAGCCCAAUUGCAGAUCUAAGAGAAUGCUGGCUAUUAAAAGAUGCAAGCAUUUUGAACUGGGAGAAGAUAAGAAGAGAAAGGGCCAAGUGAUCCAGUUCUAAGUGUAAUCUUUUCUUUUAUU